AUGGACGCUUACAGUAAGUUAGACUACUUAAAGCCAUUAAUUCGAAGCAUGGUGAUGUCCCAUCGAAACAAGACCGUGUGCAUACAGGAAUUGCAACGUGAUUUUCAAGAUAUUGAAGGUUUUCCGAUUCCCUACGCACAGUUAGGAUUCGAGAGUGUUUUUGCGCUCUUGCAUGCUAUGCCGGAUAUAGUGAAGGUUAGCAAUAACAACGGAAUACCCGUAGUUACUCACGUUUCUACACCAGCGACAGAGCAUGUGGAACAGUUGAUACAACGGAGCUGCCAUCGCCGAAGAGGAAGAGGAUAUAAACCUAGACAUCCGCCUAACGGAUACCGCUUCCGAAAUUGCUCAACUAGAAAACAUCGUUUUGAGCAAAGUUAUCCUACCCUGAUAGAAACAAUUGCACCAAAACGGCCGAUCGUCGAAGCAGAGACUUGUGUGACGCCUAUAAAAGGUGAUGGGAAUAAUAACAUAGAGAAAUUCAUUUCGCCAUCGAAACAACCUACCGCGAACGAUAGUAACGCAAGUAUGGGUGAAACUUGCGAACACGUAGAUGGAUGCGUAAUGUCUACGAAACCGUUUUGCGAUAUGUGGGAUUCGAUUAACAUGAUCGAUCUACCAUCCGACGUAAUGGGACUGUCGCACAGCAUUCUAAAGGUAGACUUUACUCAUUAUUUUGCGGAAAAAGCGGAAACAAACGUGCGCAUCAUGUAUGUACUUAAUCCCAACCGCGUCUGGCUGGUAAGUGUGCUGCAGGACAAAACAAGAGAGGAUUUGAAUGUGCAGAUGCAAGAAUUCUACCGAACAAUUCCACGCGACGAGUGGUAUGUAGAGGCAAACAAGGUCCAGCAUGGAAUGUAUUGUGCCGCCCCAAUUGAUCAAGUCUGGCAUAGGGCGAGAAUAGUGGGGCCACUGAUUGGGAGAAAAGUGAAGAUAUUCUUCAUCGACACCGGUUCAAUCGAGGUCAUGGAUUAUAAACACAUCAGGUACCUAUACAAAGUGUUUGGCAAUAUUCCGGCACAGGCGAUUCGUGCUUCAUUGGCGGGUCUAAUUCCCAAGACCUAUGCAUGGACCAGGACUGAAUCGGAAUGUUUAACAGCCAAGAUUGUUACCGUUAAAAGAGCAUAUACGGCUUACACGUUAAGCAUAAAUCACAAGCUCGGUGUUUUGGAUAUUAUCCUGAAGGAUGAAAACAAUAUUAUAAAUGAGCAAUUCGCUACGGCAACGAAUGCUCGCUGGACGGGCGCCGUCUAUAUGGCACAGGGACCCGAGGCAUAUCGUAACAAACUACAAAGCUUCAACGAAAAGUAUCCAAGCUUCUUCUGCAUAGAGGAAGGUCACUUUCCAACAGUAGCUGAGCUACGGAUGUUUUUGGAUCGAGAUUUUGAUUACGAAGAACUGUAUACUCGAUUGCCACACUCUGGCAAGAGUGGUGUUGUGGAGAAUGUUUCAAGAGCCUCAAACGAACAAAUAGUGAAAUUGUAUGGCAUCGUGAGCGCUGUGGAUGAGGGGGACAUGAUGUUUACCUAG